UCAUCUCUUUGUGUGUCUAUUUCGUUUCCCUUUAAAUUUACAUUCUUUUAAGAGCUGUGCUUUUUUACUUCAUUACUUUUUUCUAAAGACCUAACAGCUUGACGCUUAUUAUCAUACCUCUCUCACCAUGAAGAGCUUCGGAUCCAUCUUAGCAUUUAUUGCUAUUUCUGCCACACUCGUUUCUUCUCGAGCCUUGCCAGAGAGCGAGUCUGAUCUCAUUGCUAGAGCACCAGUUCCAAAUGUCUUUGAGUUCUAUGCUCGAUCACCAAAAAAUAAGCAAAAUAACGGCGACGAUGACGAAGACGACAAUGACGACAAUGAUACCGAUGAGAGCGACAGUGCUGCUAAUGCAACAACCAAUGCUGCCGCAGAGGAUCCAAAGGCAAAGGGAACUGCCAGUCUCAAUGUGAACGCCGCAGCUUCAACUGGAACUGGAGACAAAGGCAAGGGAAACAAGGGAAGCGCAAAAGGAACUGGUGGCGUAGCACAAGCAAGUGGUGCAGCAAAAGGAAAUGGUGCAGCAAAAGGAAAUGGUGCAGCAAAAGCAACCAGCGCAGAAGCAGCGGCAGCUGCGUCAACAGCCAAGGCAGGCAAAGGCGAGGCAGGCAAAGGCGAGGCAGGCAAAGGCGAGGCAGGCAAAGGCGAGGCAGGCAAAGGCGAGGCAGGCAAAGGCGAGGCAGGCAAAGGCGAGGCAGAUCCCGCUACAGCCGGAGCUACCACAGGCGACCAAUCUCUCACCGGUGAGAUCCAGAGCGAGCUCAGCUCACUAGGUCUCCGUCGUCUUCCUAUCAUCGAAUCAAGAAAAAAGAAUAAGAACGGUACCGCUGAUGCCACUGGUACUACUGGUGGCAACACAGCUGCUUCGACCGGUACCGGAGGAAAGAAGGGUAAAGGGGCCAAGGGGGCUGCUAAGCCUACAGGCGCUAGUGUAGCUUCCAGUGCUGCUGCUUCUGCGACCAACUAG